GUCGUGCUAACAGGCGACGAUGAUGAAACCGUAGAUUCAUCUUGUGCUCUGACAGUGAAACUCCCAACAUUAACAAUUACGAAAGGCUUGGAAGACCAAGAAGCUAAAGUUGGCGAUAAGGUUGUGCUCGGAGUGGAAGUCAGCGCGCCACCAAAAUCUGUGAAAUGGUAG